AUGACAUUUAAAAAAUAGAUAAAACAAAAGGGUCUAUUGAUUUCUUUCUUUUCAGCAGCCAUUUUUGCUUUAAAAGUAAAGUAAAGUAAGUAAGUUUACUAAAAUGGUUGCUAAAUAGUGGAAAGAUUAAAACGAGAAAAUCAACCCUGUAAUUAGAAAUGCCAAGUUCUCAUAAUUUGUACAGGAGUUGAGUUUGGUGGUGCUGACAACAAUACAAUACAUUUCAUUCAGUUCCCAAGAUUUUUCCUUUCUCUCCAUUUCUAGGGUUUCUACCCCACCCUCUAGGGUUUUGUACCAACACCCCUCACUUUACUUUUUUUCAUUUUUUAUUUACAGUAGCUUGAUUUCCCAAUUAUAGGAGUAGCAAAUUUGGAGUGCAUUGAAUUAUCUUAGCUGAAGCAGCUCUGACUGCUCUUGUCCACUAAAGACAGAUGAAUUGAGAUCGGGCAAGAUCGAACAUUUAUUUACCAUUGGUAAUGUUAAUUGAGAAUUGGAGUAUAAAAGAUAAAUCAGUGUUGCAAACAUGCAUUUCGGUAAACUGGAUGACUCUCCCAUGUUCCGUAAACAGCUGCAAUGCUUGGAAGAAAGUGCUGAGUCCUUAAGAGAAAGAAGCUUGAAGUUUUACAAAGGAUGUCGAAAAUACACGGAAGGACUUGGAGAGGGAUAUGAUGGAGAUAUUGCUUUCGCGAGCGCCCUGGAAACGUUUGGUGGGGGCCACAAUGAUCCUAUUAGUGUUGCAUUUGGAGGCCCUGUAAUGACUAAAUUUACAAUUGCGCUGAGGGAAAUCGGGACUUAUAAGGAAGUUCUUCGGUCACAGGUUGAGCACAUGCUGAAUGAUCGGUUACUGCAGUUCGUUAACAUAGACCUGCAAGAUGUCAAGGAAGCUCGGAAGCGCUUUGACAAGGCUAGCCUGGUUUAUGAUCAGGCUCGCGAGAAGUUUUUGUCAUUAAGGAAAGGCACAAAAAGUGACAUUGCCAGUGGACUGGAGGAGGACCUUCAUAAUGCAAGAUCAACUUUCGAGCAAGCUCGAUUCAGUUUGGUAACCGCUCUUUCUAAUGUUGAAGCAAAGAAGCGGUUUGAAUUCCUGGAAGCAGUUAGUGGCACAAUGGAUGCUCAUCUUCGUUAUUUCAAACAGGGAUACGAGCUUUUGCAUCAGAUGGAGCCAUAUAUCAAUCAGGUCCUGACCUACGCACAGCAGUCUCGAGAACGCUCCAACUAUGAGAAGGCAGCUCUUAAUGAAAAGAUGCAAGAAUACAAGAGACAAGUAGAUCGAGAGAGCAGGUGGUUCUCCAAUGGUUCUAAUGGAUCUCCUAAUGGAGAUGGUAUACAAGCCAUUGGCAGAAGUUCACAUAAGCAAAUAGAAGCUGUCAUGCAAUCUGCUGCAAGGGGAAAGGUUCAAACCAUUAGACAAGGUUAUCUAUCAAAGCGCUCAUCAAACUUGAGGGGAGACUGGAAAAGAAGGUUCUUUGUUCUUGAUAGCCGUGGAAUGUUGUACUACUAUCGCAAACAGAACACCAAACCAUCUGGGUCAGGCAGUCAACAUUCUGGCCAGAGAAAUAGUUCAGAGCUUGGGUCUGGACUUCUAAGUCGCUGGCUUUCGUCUCAUUAUCAUGGUGGUGUACAUGAUGAAAAGUCUGUUGCUCAUCACACCGUAAACCUUUUGACAUCAACAAUAAAGGUUGAUGCUGACCAAUCUGAUCUGCGGUUUUGCUUCAGGAUUAUCUCCCCUACAAAGAGCUACACCUUGCAGGCAGAGAGUGCCUUGGACCAAAUGGAUUGGAUUGAGAAAAUAACAGGAGUUAUUGCUUCUUUGUUGAGUUCUCAGGCCCCUGACAGGGUAACUAUUGGAAGCUGUCCUAUGGGAAGUGGUCAUCAUCGAUCUGCCAGUGAGAGCAGUUCAUUUGAAAGUUCAGAUUUUGACCCGCCUGCAGUUGAAGACCAUCCGUCUGACAGGCUUAUCUCAGCGCAUCAUGAGCGCGCUUUCAGAAAUUCACAACAGCUACGAUCUGCUCCAAAAACUGAACAGCCAAUUGACACAUUACGUAGAGUAUGCGGGAAUGAUAAAUGCGCUGAUUGUGGUGCUGUUGAACCAGAUUGGGCAUCUUUAAAUCUUGGAGUUCUUGUCUGUAUUGAAUGUUCAGGUGUUCAUCGUAAUCUUGGUGUGCAUAUAUCAAAGGUGAGGUCACUGACACUUGAUGUCAAAGUAUGGGAGCCUUCUGUUAUAGCUUUAUUUCAGUCGUUGGGGAAUACCUUUGCAAAUUCAGUCUGGGAGGAGUCACUGCAAGCACGAGGUUCUUUCCAAGUUAAUUUUUCCGCUGCCAGCUCAUACAGAUCUGAUAAACAGCAACAGCUCUACUUCAGCAAGCCAAGUCAUGCUGAUCCGAUUUCAACCAAGGAGAAAUUCAUCCAUGCAAAGUAUGCAGAGAAAACAUUUGUUCGGCGGACCAAGGACAGUAACUCUGUGGCACAAAUGAUGUGGGAGGCCGUUCGAGCUAAUGAUAAGAAAGCUGUGUAUCGCCUUAUUGUAAGCUCUGAAGCAGAUGUUAAUGCUCUUUACAAGCAAGUUGUGUCUAAUUCUUCCUUAACCCUUGCCAAAGUAAUGCUGUUGCAAGAACAACCAUACACUGAUGAGAGUUCUACUUGCUUAAAAAUGGACUUAGCAACUCCAAGUGAAAGGCAUAUAAUUGGAGACUUUGAUGGGUGCUCGCUUCUACACCUUGCUUGUGAAACAGCUGACCUAGGGAUGCUAGAGCUUCUUAUGCAGUAUGGUGCAAAUGUAAAUGCUUCAGAUUUACGUGGUCAGACACCACUUCAUUGGUGCAUUAUGAGACGCAAAGCUUCAUUUGCUAAGUUGCUUCUUGCAAGGGGUGCUGAUCCACAUGCUUUGGAUGGGGAAAGUAAAACUCCACACGAUCUUGCAUUGGGCUCAAAUUUUAAUGACAAUGAGGUCCUUAAUCUCUUAUCCGACACGAAUGCUUAAAACAUUCGAGAGAGUAUAUACCAAAUGUGGACAGAGAUUGAAGCUGUACCCUUUUGGUGAAAUGAAACCAGGGUUUCAGUUCUUUGUAAUUAUGUUAGUGAAUUUUGUGCUGAUGGAUCUCCAUUGAAAGACACAGCUGCUUGUGCAUUAAGGGCUCUCAAUGUUGCAUGUUUUGGUCGAUAAGAUUGCUGGGGACUACACGUCUGUAUCUUAUAUUGAAGUAUAAUGUUAGGGUGGUCUUUCAUGCUUGAUUUUUGAGGUCAGCUGCAUUGAGGGUUGCAGUCUUUUUGUGUUGUAAAGCUGUUUUUUCACUUAUCAGUUUUAUUGGUUUUUGUUUUUAGAGUAAUGUUUUUGUGGAAGGAUUCAGGGCAUUCGCCUUGAGUGCUAGUAUUUUGUGUACAUUUGCUGUUAAUUUUUCUUUUGUGGUGUAGCCUUUGUAGUUUGUAUAUCUAAAUCUAAGUGGUAUUUUAACUGAGGGAAAAGGAUUUGCCUGCCUGUCCCUUCAUUGUUUUAGUACAUUUGGUGGAUGUAUGGUGAGUUUGUGAACUUGCCCGCUGGUUUGUUCAGAGGUAAAAAUCUUUUUUAUUGUUG